AUGUCGAAUAAUUCAGAUAAUAAAAAUAAUCAACAAGCAAAUAUGCGUUCAGUAAAAUUACAAACAAAUUUAUGUAUAUCCCCAUCAUGUAAUUUAAUAAGUGAAGUUAUUUGUCGUCAUUGUUCACAACAAUAUUGUACAUUAUGUUUUAUGUGUCAUCGAAAAAAUAUACUUGAUGAUAUGCGAUCAAUAUAUGAACAAAUGGAAAUAAAUCGUCGUAUAGGUGCUGCUGAAGUUAUUACAUUUAUUGAUAAACAAGCAAAAGAUGCACAUGAUCAAGCUAAAAAACUUAUUGAUGAUGCUAUUGAUCGAAUUGUUCAAGCAAGUAAAAAUAUAUAUACAUAUAUUGAAAAUCGUCGACAAGCUAAACUUGGUCGAUUAGAUGAAUGUUUAGAACAAUUUGAUAAAGAUUCUGAUUUACUUGAAUCAAAAUUAAAAAAUGAUAUCUUUUUACCAGCUGAUAUUAUGUUAAAUUUACGUCAUAAAUAUGCAUAUAAUAUGUUUGAUAAAAUAACUUCAAUAAUAGAAACAAAAUCAACUGAAUUACAACAUAAAAAUGAAAUAUUUUUUGAUGAUUAUCGAUAUUAUAAAGAAUUAAUUAAUCUUCGACGAAAAUGGGCAUUUUUUCAAGCUGCAUUAACAACAGUUUAUUAUCCUAUGAAAAAAGAUAUUUCUUUAGAUAAAAUUCUUACUUUUCUUGAAUAUCGUCAUGAUCGAGUAUUGGAUAAUUAUCGAGAAUUUUUAUCAACAAAUGAAGAUUCAAAAGAAUUAUCAUUAAAACCAGCUGAAGAUUUAUUAAAUGAUUUAAGUUUUCUAUCAAAAAAGCAAUUAUCAAUAGAAUGUGAUAAUUUUUCCUAUAUUGAUGAAUGUGAAAAUGAAAUUGAUAUUGUUGAACAACAACAACAACCUAAUCGGGAAUCUAUUGUUAAAAGUAGUGAAAUCAAACAAGAAAUUGAAAUAACACCAAAAACUGAUAGUGGUCAUUGUGAUGAUGAAACAACUUCUAAUGAUAGUUGGCAAAUUGAAAAUGAUGAUUAUGAAACACGAUUUAUUGAACUUAGUCAAUCAAUGAAAACACUUGAAAAACAAUUUGAAGAUGAUCUUCGAUUAGUUGUCAACAAUGAUCAGGCUAAUUAA